AUGCAAAAACACAAAGUCGGAGACCCCGCAGACGUGCUGCCCAUCAGCGUCCGCUUCUCCAUCUCCAUGCUGCCGUCCGAGCCCAUGGAGCCGCGCUGGGGGGACGAGCGCGUGGGGUACUUCAACACGGUGUUCAGCGAUCUCGGUGACCACCGCGCAACACGGGAGGGCCGGAAUACCGAUCUCAUCGACACCGAGGUCACCCUCAUCAACAAGCGGCGGAUGACCCCUCCCACCGUUGCCGCCGCCGCCGCCGCCGCCGCCAGCGGCGGUGACGGAGACUCUCCCGCCGACGAGGCGGCGGCCACCCCUGAACCUGCCGCCGAGGGCGGCGAGCCCCUGACGUACUACGUCGACCCUUCCGUCCCCCCGGAGUGGCGCGAGUACAUGCGGGCGGGAGUGGAGGCGUGGAGGCCGGCGUUCGAGGCCGCCGGGCUCGGAGGGGAGGCCAUCCGCGCGGUCCUGCCUGGCGACGAGGCGUGGCCGUCGGACUACGACCCGGGAGACAUCAGGUUCAACUCCAUCACAUGGGCGGUCGAUGUGGACGAGGUGUUCGCGCUGGGUCCUGCCACGAUCGACCCCCGCACGGGGGAGAUCCUCCACAGCGGCAUCGUGUUCACCAACGGCUGGAUCAAGUCCUGGUCGGCGUCCUUCGAGAUCUACGGAGAUUCGCCGGACGACGAGCCCUCCGCAAGGCGCAGAUCUCUGUUGAAUCGACCGCCGGAUUCGCACUCCCACUCGCACUCCCACGGCCACGCCCACCACGGGCAUCAUUCGCACCACUCCCACCCUCAUCAUCAUGCCGAAGGCGGCGGCGGCGGCGAGAACGAGAGGGGGGAGGCGGGGGUGCUGGAGAAGCUCUUGCCGUCUUUGGGCGGGGGCGGGCGACGCCACGGCGGGAGCGGGAGCCUGCGGUACCACGGACGCGGGGAAUGCCAAGAGGCUCGCAUGAACGACAUAUCGAUGUCGUUGCUCCCCCUGGUCCGAGAGAGAGAGAGAGGGAGAGGGAGACACCGGUCCGAUGGCGGCGGCGGGAGCGGCUCGUCUCGCCGCCUAGAGGAAGGGGAAGGGGAAGGGGGGGGAGGGGAGAGCGGCGGCAGGGGGACGGCCCCGGGCCUCGCGACGGACGAGAUUCUCGGUGCCGGUCUGAUGGACGUCGUCAUGCACGAGGUGGGACAUACGCUAGGUCUUCGGCACAACUUCGAGGGUUCCACGCUGCUGACUUUGGAGGAGCUCCAAGACCCUACCAAGACUGCCGAGGUCGGCUUGACAUCCUCGGUGAUGGACUACCUUCCCCUCAACGUUGUGUCCAGCAAGAUGCAGGGCUCUGCGGUGCCCCACUACUUCACCCCACGUGUCGGCGAGUAUGACAUGUGGGCGAUCAAGUACGGGUACAUGGCGGUGGAAGGGGAGGCGGAUGAGCUGCUAGCAGAGCACGAGGACCUGAAAGCUUUGGCGUCCCAGGCUUUGGCCUUCUCUACGGACGAGGAUGGGUCGGGCUACUCGGGGAUGAACCCGCUGGCGUCAGUGUUCGAUCUCGGACAAGAGCCUAUGGAUUACUGGGAGGACAAGCUGGAGCUCGUUACGGAGCUGUGGCCCGUCCUGUUGGACCGCAGCACGCAGCAGGGGGAAGCGCAGUUCCAGCGGUACGGGCACGCCGCCAUGUCCCUGCUCCGACAGGUGCUCGCGAGCGGGCUGUACUCCACCAAGUACAUCGGGGGGUUCCACAUCUCCAAGCAGAGGCGGGUGGAGAGCGACACCCCGGGGCCGAUACAGCUCGUGCCCGCCGACCGGCAGAGGAGGGCGCUGACGCUGGUGCUGAGGGUGGUGACGGGAGACGAGCCGGCCGGGGGCGCAGCCUUCCUUCCCGGAGAGGAAGACUUCUCGAACCUGGCGGGCUGGUCAGGGUCCUGCGCGGGGCUGGGGCAGUACUGCUACGGCGUCGUGCCGGUGGACGUCUUGAGCGAGGUGAACGCCUUGAGAAAAUCGGUGCUUCUCCAGGCCUUCUCCGUCGACCACAUCAUGCGGCUGCGCUUGCACUCCUGGGCUAGCGGGGCAGGCGGCGUGGACACGCUCUCUGUGUCGGAGAUGUUCGAGAGCGCGACUAACGCCGUGUGGGGCGACGGGGGCUUCGGCAGCGCCCGCGCGAAGCUGUGGCAGAACUGGGACCUGAUGCUCUUCUGGCUGGAGGUGUUGCAGGCGUACGGAUCGGCCGGAGUUGAGUCCGUCGUCCCAGGAGACGUUACGGCCACCGCUGUCGGCCUCGUCUACUCUCUCAUGGACACCGGCAAGAACUUGACCUCCGCCGACGCGGCGUACGGCCUCCACCGCGCCGCUGCCCUCAAGCACGGGGCGUGGGAGGAGAGGGGCAACACGGACGGGUUUAUUCUGUGGCAGCUGGGGGGGUUGAAGGGAUGAUGUUUUGAUGUUUGUUUGGUGGUGUCAUUGUUUUGUUGAGGGAUUCCAUUUUUUUGUGGAUUGUAAAAAUAUAGGGUGCUGGGUUUGAUUUUGGUUCGAUGUUGUUGUGCAGUCACAGGCAACACGCCAUUCAGCACGCGUGCUAAGAUAUAUUUUAGUUCGUUACCCUCCAGGUUGAGAUGAGAUAGAGAGAGAAGAGAAGAGACCACUCCCGAGGGUCUCAAACAACAGAACAGAGAACAAGUGUACUACGUAGUAACGUUAACUUUUGACAAACAAUACAUGCAAUCAAAGAGUACACAAUACACCUGUUGGAGAUAUAGCCACAGCCGAAGGAAGGCGGGGUGAAGUCUACACAGUAAACUGGUUGCUGAAACGGUGGUGCUACACCGUGUUCUCCUAUCCUAGCUUGCCCUUUUAUUCGGUCAUAUGGUUCUUUCUUUCAACCAUGCAGAGCGUGUGGAUCGACUCUCUGCUUUUGUACACACACGCCAUCCGUGGCUACGGCCUUCAAACCCUCGCCUCCUUCUCCUCGUCCAGAAUCCCUUCCCCUCUCUUCUAUUGCGACCGAGAAAUGCAGGAUUCGAGAAAGAAAGUUACGCCUAGACUCCGCCGCACACCGCUGCUGCGCGGUAACUUUGUCGACCCAGUGAACGGUUCGGCCAAGGUCGGCUUAUCGACGGGUCCGGGGCGCAGCUGGCCCGUCUUUCUCACGGAGUUGUGUAGCGUAGCCUACCACAGAACGCCCUUGAACUCUUCCCGCUCGGCGAGUAGGCUACCGUACCUGGAGGCAGCCAUGUUGUGGAGAUGGGUAACCACGGACGCAUCCUUCUUUGCCUUCUGCGCCGCGAAACGUUUGUACUCCCGUACGAGGCUGAAGACUCGACACGCGCUCCCAGAGCAGCGGUAGGUGUCGACGAGGACCUGCGCGUUCUGGUGGUAGCCGUGGACCGUCAGCUUCGCGUAGGCGCCAUCGCUAGCGGCAGCGCGGGUGGCAGAAUUCUCCUUCUCCGUAACGCGGAGGUGCCUCUGCAGAAGUCUCCCGAGUCUCUUGCUAGCAGCGGCAACAUUCGGUGAUGUUGGCGGAUAUCGAUCAGUGUUGCUGCCGGAACAGACGUUGAUGACAGCAAGUUGCUGUUCAACCCUUGCCAGUCUCAGAUUGGCCUGCCGUACUUCUUGUGUCAAUGAACACGGUGAUGAGCGCUUCUCCUGCGACAGAGAAGCAGACGGGUUCA